GACCAGGUGAAAUAACAGGUGGUCAGUACGAUACAAACAGUGAAAGACGAACGUUCGUGGCCACAAGACUGAGGGUGGCUUCACAAAAUGGCCGCUUUUUCACUGAAUUUACAGAGAAAGGUUGAACAGAGUUUAGUCAGUUGCGGAAAAUUCGAUGGAUCUCACGCUUGUCUCGUUGCGAGUACGUCCUCGGGCAAUGUUUUGGUUCACAGUCCUCACCGUCAGCCUACGUCAAAUAUGGGUUCGGAAACGGGCCAAGAGCAAUUGGAAGGAAGGUUGGCCUGGAGCGGCGAACUUGCUGAACUCCAAAUCGGUCGUCAGGUGACCGCACUCUGCACCGGACGACUUAUCGAAGACGAGCGCGACAUUCUGUUAAUCGGUACUUUAACGCACGUCCUCGCUUAUCAGGUCGAAGAGAAUGCAGAUCUUUUCUAUAAGGAGAUGUCGGAUGGCGCUCAUUGUUUGGCAAUAGGAAAAGUUGGGUGGCUGCCCAAGUUGGUUGCAGUCAUUGGUGGAAACUGUUCGGUUACCGUUCUCGACUCAGAGGGCGUUGAAUUAUUCUGGACCGUCAUGGGUGACGUCGUUAAAUCUCUGACGAUAUUUGAUUUCGAUGGAGAUGGAGAAAACGAGUUAAUUACCGGUACUGACGAUUUCGAGAUAAAAGUACUGAAAAAUGACGUUGUGUUGUGGGAAACGAAAGAAACUGCGCCGGUCACGGGCCUCGUUGCACUUCCCGAAAGACAAUUCGCCUACGUUGUCGGUAACGGUACUGUCGGCAUUUAUGAAAGUGGCCAGAGAUUAUGGAGGAUUAAAUCGAAACACAGAGUCGUCGCGGUACGAAGUUUCGACGUAAACGGGGAUGGAGCGAUGGAGCUUUUGACCGGGUGGAGCAGUGGCAAAGUUGACGCUCGAUCGUGUCUGACCGGUGAAGUGAUAUUCAGAAUUCAAUUAUCUGCUGGAAUCGCAGGUCUUGUUGAGGCCGAUUACAGACGCACCGGAAGACCGGAUUUGGUAAUUGUUUCCGUGAGUGGCGAAGUUCGAGGUUACGCAGUUGGCACACCGAUGGAGUCGCCGGAGCCGGGUGAAGCGAUGCGGAAUUUACUGGCUAAAAAACAAGCUCUCCAGGUAGAACUGCGUCAGCGCAAAGCUCCUUUUCCGAGCGGUUACAUGGGCACGAAAUUGGCAGUUAGUUUGUUCGCCGCUAGGGGCGCUGCGCGACUUGCACUGGCGGCGGGCCCCGGACUUCUCGUUCAUUGCGCCAUUGUAUUCGCCGAAGGAGUUUUCGACGGGGAAACUCUCGUCUCACAUCCGGGCAAACCGACCGGUGAAUUGGAGAUUGAGCUCAGACCCCCGAAAAAUGGCGUCGUCGACAUCCAUGUCAAAGUCUGCGUUGGUGCGUCCGGUGCCGAUUUGCUGCAGGUUUAUGAGGUUACGCGACAGUUGCCGCGAUUUUGCAUGUACGAGGUGAUCCCGCGGCCCGAGAACCCCGCCAUUCUCCCAAGCGACUGCGGCGUCGUGUUUGAGAUCGCCGAACGUCCGCAACGCGUCGCCCUCUGGUUAAAUCAGAGUUUGCUUCUCGUCGAUGACCUCGAGAUCGCAGAGGAAGGUCCGAAGGCCGGGUUGAUCGAGAUUUGGCUUCGAUGUUUACGGGAUUACAGCGUCCAUUGUUUCCGGUCCAGCAACGCUGGAAGAGCGAGCGUCCAGACCCAAGACCCCGAGUUCGCCGGCGACGUAGUGCAAUCCUUGGCCGGGUACUUGGGCCUUCGGGAAAUGAGCUCGGAAGCCAGGUUUCCGGAAGUUGAGCGCAAAUUGACAGAAGCUCUCGAAAAAGUCAAAGGAUUGCGCGAAGUCGAAACCAGGUUCCAAGCGGACACAGCUGGUGGAUCUGCUCUUCUUAAAAAUCUCAUAGUUCGAUUAGAGGAUGCUCGAAUUCUCGAGGACGUAGAAACUAUGAAACGACGCGUCGAACAAUUGAAAAUCGUCAAUGGCGAUUUGUUGCGAGAGCACGAAAUACGCAUGAACAGCAGCAAGGAAUUAAUAGCUGCACUCAAGGAACUCAACGUUGGCGUUAGACAUGCUUCGAGACUUCGAGUGGGACGAGCUUCCGCGAACGCCAUCAACAGAUGCAGGUCAGCCAUACAAGAUGAGAAUCCUAAAGCUCUCGUUCUCGCUAUAAGAAACGGUUGAGCAGAUAUCGCGGCCAUUUUUUCUUAUUAUUUACGAUCAUUUCCUGGUAUGUUCCGGAAAAAAUCCCACAGCUCUCUAUUACUAAAUCACGACAUUCAUAUACGAAUACCAAAGAGAGAGCAUCGGUUAGGCCGUUAUCGCGACAUUUGUUUACGGCUCGACGGGCUGAUCACGUGUAAACUUCGUGUACAAAUAAGCCAGCCACCGAUGAAGGAACGAUCUAACGCAUUCGAGCAAACAGAACGUAACAAAACAAAAAAUAACGGAGACAAAGUUAGAUUUUUACAAAUAAUAACAUUGGGUCAUAUGAACAAGGAAAUAAAAACAAAAUGCAAUAUCAGUUAAGAACGCAGUGCAAAUCAACUUGAAAAGCCUCAAAAAUACUGAUCAUUGGGAAUAAAAAUUUUACUAAAAUCAGAUAAUAUUUGAACAAUUGUAGAAAGAAUAUUUAUUCGAGUUCAAAAAGUAUAGGUUGAUUCGCAAUGCAUUAAAACUCCUCUAUUGACAAUUGGAUUACAAUGGUUCAUAUGACUCGAGACAAAUAAUAUUAAACUCUGAUCAGCAACGUAACCGAUUUGUCUGGUGAAAGUAGACUGCCCGUUCCGCGUCCUCGCUCGAGUCCUCUGCCCCCAGAGGCCCGAGCCCACUCGAGGGCCUCCUUUUUAUAGAGAUCGACCCUUCGGCCUUUUCCAAGGGGUUUUCCCAGGAAAAACCCUUGAAAUCCGCGUACUCCGUGAGGCUAAGAAAACACGAAGAGCGCUGUCAUUUGGCCAUCACGUGUCCACCGGCUGUUUUAGAGACUCUCGAAAAAUGUUCCUUUCACAAUAAUUGAGCAUUCCCGAUUCGGUACAAUGGUGAGAACUCGUUGCACUCAACGCCGAUUACUAACGCCCCAGACAUGAAUAAACCACAAUAAAUAUUUGAACAACUCAAAAAUAUUGAAAUAUCCAUGUGUCAAUAUAUCUAUUUCUAUAUCUUACGUAACCUUACUUAUCUGAAGCGAGUUGAAGCGCCAACGGCGAUCGAGUGAACGACAAGCCGAGGAAUCGCGUCGUGUAUUAUCGAUCUGCGAGCAGCCUUCGUAUGUCGAAGAGGCGACAGAUUCUUGGCGCCAAGUAGUGAAAAAAAUAUAUUUUUCUACUGUUCUUCGACCCUUAUUAUCUAAGUGAGAAGUACACGGAGAGUAAAUUACACAAAAGAUAAGACCAAA